UCCGGACGAGGUGUUCUUAGUGUUUGCUCCUAUGUUUUUCCGCUUCCUAAAAUGAUUCUGAGACUGGAGGGGUACGCAUGGUGCCUUCUGGUACCUUCCGGCGGGUGUUGACUGCACACGGAACGGGCGGCGUCACCGCGAACGACAACCGAAUAUAUCAUGGGAGGCUAACCAGGCGCUGCCCUGAGUUUCACAUAGCAUAGAUGGCCAAAUACAUACCAUCAUCGUCGGCAUACAAAGAUCCUGAUUGAGCACCCUCAAGGCUCCCACCUCACGUGUCAUGGACAGACAGGACGCAUACGACGACCCAGAGACUCCAUUUAUCCCUACGUUCCGCAUCAAACUACAACCAACUAAACGCAAAAAGCCAUCUCCCGGAACGAUCUGCGCUGCUCUGGCAGGCAUCUCCUUGCUUAGCUUUGGAUUUCUUCUACUCAAGCCCUUGAGCCAUCUGGACACACAGGAUGCGCCUUCGUAUUCUGCCGCCUUCAACUCGCAGCCAUAUGUCCAAGGUCCACCCACCCAACGCUUUCGAGAUAACCUUCGUAACAACACAAAAUACAUUACAUCGUGGACUUCAGCUGGAUGGACGAAUGACGUGAUGACCUAUGGCAAUUUAAUUUACCUGGCACUGAUAACAGAGCGUAUACCUAUAAUUGCGAAAUUCCUUUCUUCUCAUAUCGACCCAAGUGAACCUCCAUUUGCUUUUGGGGAAAUAAUUGACGUCCCUCGGCUUAGCCAAGCCAUAGGCAUUCCCGUACUUGAAUGGCACGAAGUUAAGGACCCAGAAAGUCAGGUUCUCGACGAUAUUGGUUGUUGGAGUGUUUGGGAAAGCGUUGAAAACUACAAGGAGGAUCCCCGUCCACGGGAAAGUCCCACCAUAGACCGGCUCAAGCUCGAUAUCUCGUGGACGCGAACCCCAGAUUGGGUCAAGCUGACACCUCCUGGCAUAAUAGACGAUCACGCAUCCUUUUGGUCCCUUGCAACGCUUGCCUUUCCGCAGGGUCGCUCGGACAACCUGGGAUUAUCAAAUCAUCCUUCUCCUCAGCAUCAGGUUUCCCUCCCCCCGGACGACCAGUUGCUAUGCUUCGAUUUCCUUUACUUCAUAGGUGCCCAACAGCCAUGGGAAUGGGAAUCGGAUUAUUCCCCUGCAUGGAGAUUUGUAGGCCAACACAUGCGAUGGAAUGCAAGCGUAGAAAGGCUUGCCGAUGCGCAUGCCCGGCGCGCCAUGAAUGUGCCAGUCAAUGAACCAACACCUCCCUAUAUCUCUAUCCACGUACGGCACGGUGACUUUGGCGAUCAAUGUCGUAGUGUUCCUUUGGAUCAGUGCUUCGCCUCGUUGUCUAUCAUUGCACGCAGGGUAUCCGAGGUGCAAGAGGAACUUCGCACACAAAAAGGGAUCGAGGUCACACAGGUUAUCAUGACGAGUGAUGAGCUUGACCCGGAAUGGUGGUCAGGGGUCAGGGCGUUGGGCUGGACGUGGGUAGAUUAUGCGACAGAGCGCACGGCAGAGAUCUAUGGAAAGUGGCAUCCGGUGUUCAUCGAUGCCAUCAUUCAGUCGAAUGGAGCGGGCUUCGUUGGCACUCGUGGCUCCACGAUGUCCAAUCUAGCUCGUCGCAGAGUACAGUCGUGGCAUAAUGGACCAACUCGGAUCGUCCAAUGGGGGCGACCGGGUGCUGAUGACCAUUGAUGUAAUCGGAAUGCUGAGAUGGAGAUGACCUUACGCCGCCAAAACUAUUGGCCGAAAUGACCUCCAUUUGUCUACCACGCACCAUCGCUGCAUGGGCCAGGGUUCGAAUUCACAGCCGGAGGCAACAAACGCUCAAUAUAUUUAUUCGUUUAUAGUACUGGGACCGAAGUCCAGUACCCAAUCACACAUUUCGUUAUUUACUGCCCAAGUGUUGAGGACACUCCCCCCGACUCACCAGAACACAGGACUAUCUUUUCCCGAUUUGUAAACUCUACUCGGGUCAAACCGAGUCACACUACGAGUAUACCAUACGUACUGUCAUUAGACAAUGACAACAAACGAAUCUUAAUUUUAAUUUUUUAGAAAUAAAUUGAGCCGUGACCAUCUCCUAAAUUCCAUUGUUAAUGGAGUUUAAGAGGUGCUAAGGCAAUACUUCUGCAGACCGCA